AUGAGUUUAAAAGUACAUCCGACUGGCCUUGCCACAAUAUCUUCAAAGGAACUUCGCGAAUUACAGAAACUUCAUGAACUGGGGAAGAAGUACUGGCCCGCUGCUGAUAGGAAACGUUACGAGGAAGAAGUAGCUCGACCUGAGCCCCGCCGCAGUAGAUAUCUGUUCCGCCAUCCUUAUUCCAGACUCAUCAUUGCUUACCUGGUUGUUUUCUGUAACUUCCUUAUCUUCGCUGAGGACCCAGUCUCCCACAGUUACCGUGAGUGCGUCAUUGACGUCAUCGGAGAAAUAUACACCUUCAUAUUCAUAAGGUGGCCUCGCGGUUAUUUUUCAUUGAUUAAGUUCAGCUGUUUGAUGUUCGCUGUUGUUCUUGGCAUGUGCGUCGGUAAAUGGAUCGUUCAUGGAUGGUUAUUCUGCAAAAAACUUAAGUUGAAGAUGUUUACUGAAGAUGGACAAGGUUCGUGGAUGGUGAUGUUUCUCACUUCGCUUCUGUCGUUGUUCAUCUUUAGCUUCGCCUACAAUGGUUUCUUAAUGUUGGAAGGUAAAUACAUGGAUAAGAUGCAUGCGAGUAAUCGGAUGGGGAUGGAAAACCAAACGUUCAUGAAGGUGGCCGCCAUUGGUACAUGGCUUGGAGAUUUUAUAACAGCUUGGAUGGUUACAGAUAUGAUGUUACAGGGAGCACAAUACGCAGACUGGGCACCAGGUCUCCGCCGCUUUUGGAAGACAGGAUUGAACCGGGUGUAUGCCUUUUGGUUCGUUUUUGUUGCCAUGACAAUAGUGGUAAGCACGGCGAUCUCCACAGACUAUGUAAACUGGGACAGAUUAAACAGAGACUUUGUAGCGUCCAACGAGUUAGCGAGGGCGUUUUUGGCUUCGUUUAUUCUUGUUAUGGAUUUGAUGAUUGUCAUGCAGGACUGGGAGUUUCCCCACUUCGCUGGCUCGCUUGAUAUAAAGCUCCCAGGAGUGAACUCAGACGCCUUCGAUGUUCGACUUCCCUCGUGCUGCGGAGGAAAACCGGUUGAUAUUUAUAUUACAGGAAAAUGGUUUAACUAUGGUAUCAUCUUCAUCGUCAUGAUCUUGGACCUCAACAUGUGGAAAAACCAGAUCUUUUACGAACCUUUCGCAUAUGGCCAAUACACAGAUCCAGAAGGGUACAUUUACACAGUGUCUGACAGACAGUUUCUCAGGUGGGGGAACAGAUCUCUGCUGUCCUAUGAAUAUCGUUGGAAUCACCUCAACCCCAAAACUAACAUAACUUAUGGACUCGAAGAUCUGCGAAUGAAUGCCAAAUAUAAAGGAUACUCUUUGACAUUGAAGGGGAUCGCAUUCGUGCCUUCGAUUUUUGCAUUUUGUGUCUUUGGUUAUUUGCUUUAUCUCUUCGGCUUAGAAGAGAACCCCGAUGAGGUGUUAGUGAGUAGGUAUCGGCAGGAUGUCAGACGGCAGAGGCAAAUAAGACGGUUGAGAAAGAGGAGCAGAAAGGAAACAAGGGUAUCGAUGGACAGAGAGGAGACUGGGAAAUACAGAGGUGAUUUGGUGAGUGCAUGUCCCCCUCGUGGUAUAACUUUUCAUUGUACGCACAUAUGCAUAUUCGAAGCAGAAUGUCGGAAAACCAAGUAA